ACACGCCCGCUUCACAAUUCAAACGAACGGCAUUUUAUUUUCACAGGAUCCCGGGAGUCGUGAAUGUUUUACCCAAUAUCGACUUUCAUUGUUAAGUGACCAAAAUUGUAAUCUGUUCUGUUAGUUGUCGAGUACCCGUGCCGCCAUGUCCCAUCCGUCUGACCAUGUGCUGCGUCCCAAGGAAAAUGCUCCGGAAAAAUCAGCAACCGUGCUCAAUAUGCAGAAGAACUUGCUAUUGGGAAAGAAGCCCAACAGCGAGAAUAUGGCUCCAGCCAGCAAGCCCUUGCCAGGAUCCUCUGGCGCUGUGAUCAGGAGUGCGGCGACCACCGUGCGUCCGGCUACUAAGCCAGGCCUAGGAGGCUCCAAUCCUAUAGCUUCCACCGAAGGAAGCAACUUCCAGAAACCCAUGGUGCCGUCCGUGAAGAAAACCACAUCAGAGUUUGCUGCUCCGGCUCCAGUAGCACCCACCAAGAAGCCCGAAUCACUUUCCAAGCAGAAAACUGCUGGUGCGAACACGGAAUCCACCAAGGAACUGGGUGCGGCCAGCAGCUCCGCAGACAAAGAGAAAACCAAGACUGAAACCCAACCCCAGAAGCCGAAGAAGACCUGGGAGCUCAACAACUUUGAUAUUGGUCGCCUGCUCGGACGCGGCAAGUUUGGCAACGUUUAUUUGGCGCGCGAAAAGGAAUCCCAGUUCGUGGUGGCCCUAAAAGUGCUCUUCAAGCGCCAGAUUGGCGAGUCCAAUGUGGAGCACCAGGUGCGCCGGGAGAUCGAGAUACAAUCGCACCUGCGUCAUCCGCAUAUCCUGCGUCUGUACGCCUACUUUCACGACGACGUGCGCAUCUACCUGAUCCUGGAGUAUGCGCCACAAGGAACGCUUUUUAACGCCCUGCAGGCACAGCCGAUGAAGCGUUUCGAUGAGCGCCAGUCGGCCACCUAUAUUCAGGCGUUGUGCUCGGCGCUGCUUUAUCUGCAUGAGCGGGACAUCAUUCACAGGGACAUCAAGCCGGAGAACUUGCUGCUCGGGCACAAGGGCGUCCUGAAGAUCGCCGACUUCGGUUGGUCCGUGCACGAACCGAACUCCAUGCGCAUGACACUGUGCGGCACUGUCGACUACUUGCCUCCCGAAAUGGUUCAGGGCAAGCCACACACGAAAAACGUGGAUCUAUGGAGCCUGGGUGUGCUCUGCUUUGAGCUGCUGGUGGGCCACGCUCCCUUCUACUCGAAGAACUAUGACGAGACCUACAAGAAGAUUCUCAAGGUGGACUACAAGCUGCCGGAGCACAUUUCCAAGGCAGCAUCACAUCUCAUUUCCAAGCUGCUGGUCCUUAAUCCGCAGCACCGCUUACCGCUGGAUCAGGUGAUGGUGCAUCCUUGGAUCCUGGCGCACACGCAGUGAACACAUUCUUGUUUCAUUUUCAGUUAAUUCCUUUUAAUUACAUUUUUAGUUUCGGGCUCGCCGCGUAAUUUAAUUAUGGCAUCAUAAAUUUUCAUUUAUAGAGAUACGAGAAAUUAACAUUUAUCAAUUAAGUUUAUUAUUAUCAUUACCAAUAAAGUUUGUGUGUGUGUUUUCGAA